AUGAAGCCUGCGCCGGGCAAGGAUGUCACCCGGCAGCUGUGGGAGAACUACCUGAAAGAUGGCUUCGUGACUUCUGGAGAACCCCUCCUGGUUUCACAGCCUGAAGAGCUCCAAGUUCGCCCUGAGCCUCCACUGCCGGCCCCGACUGCCCAUGCUCCGCAUUCUCUGGGGUACAUCAAGGGGCAGGCUCGCAGCCUCGCGCUCUUGGCCCUCCUGCACUACUGCUACUCCAAGAAUAUUGACUUGAAGGAGGUGCACCCGCUCCUCUGGCAGUCCGUGUGCAGGAUUUACGCCCUGAAGGUCACCUACAGUACGAAGGCAGACGAGGCGUUGGCCAAUAUGAAACUCAGUGCGAGGGGGAGCAUUCGCCGAGCUAACAACCUAGUGGUGACUGUGGUGAUGCUUCACAACCUCUCCAAGCAGGGCUUCGGGGACCUGCAGUCCUUUGCGCGCAGGUGGAAUGCCAUGACCACCAAGCAGCACCAGCUGGUGGGCAAGCGUGCUGUCGCCCUCAAGCUUCUGUUUGAAGUGGCGCCCCGUGCUGGCCUCGAGAGCAUCCUCGAACAUGUGGGAUCGAUGGGCUGGGGCUCCUGUGUGUGGACUGAAGACGUCCUCGCUUCAAAAAAAAACUACCCGAACCACCAGUUUGCAAGCAAGUCAAAAAAGUGGACUGCCCGUGUCAAGACAAGCGAAGAAUCCUUCUUGCUCAUGGUGGAGCGUGCGCAGAAUUCGUAUGAGAUGAGCAACCCCAACCUCAGGUGGAAGUUGACCCCUGCGAACGCAGAAGCCUUGGCAGAACGCGCGUCUGCGUGUCUUGCCAUGGCAGCCGAGCUACAGCUCCAAGUGCCAAUCCCGGAGCAGAAGAUCAAGGACGCCUUCAUCGAGCAGUGGCGCAUGGGCUCGGAGCACGUGGACUUCGAGCUCCAGGCGGCCCUCAUGGACAAGAGCGAUACUUUCGACGUUGCCAUGCACAUGCCGACGCUCAAGAAGUUGGUUGAUGAACAUGUCUUCUCCACCCCAGUCAGCCUGGCCACAGACGCCCAGCAGGCACUGGACUCCGAUCAAUUCCACCUCUUGAUCAAGCAGUUGGAGUAUGACACGACUUGCUACGAGAAUUGGAUGAAAAAAUGUUCUGGUGUAGUGUGCGCCCGGUACCAUCGGGAGCAGGAGACUGGGUUGUUUUGGCCUACUUGUCUUCACGAUUGCUGGUUUGUAAAGCACCCUGGAUUGUGUUGGUGCCACAAAAUGUACGGACCCCUCGCCUCCGUGAAACCCCUGCCCUGUAACAUGCUAAUAGGACUCUACAAGAAAGAAUGA